AUGGACAAAGAUGCGAAACCCCUUGUCAAAAAACCGGAUGUACUGAGGAAACUGAACGCUCAAAACCUGCAUUUGAUUGAACGAGGUCUACUCGGGGAUAUACCGGACAGAUUCAAGCCACCAUCGUCGGUCCCCGUGAGAGGGCAAUCCAAUGAGUUGGCUAUUGCACGACCAACAGGUUUUCUAUCAUCUUGUCUACCAGUUAUACCAGAUUCACCGGAACCAUAUAACGAUAAAUUAUCACCACUUGAUGAGGGAGGUUCUCCGUUAAAGAAAUCCUUUAGUUUUCGAGAUAAAUUUCGAAUAAGUUUCUUUCAAAAGGAUAAAAUGGAGAAACCGAAAUGGAAAACGAUAGUAGAAGAAGAUACAACAAGAGAUAUAAAGUCCGGUAUGCCGCCCGUAUUAAAUUCAAAAGAACAAGAAUAUAAGUCGAGCAAGAGGUUUUGGUUCUUUCGAAAUAAGGAUCUGAUGGAAAAAAAGGAAAAACACAACAAGCCCAUAUACAAACGUAGUAAAAGUUUCGAAUUUCUUCCUAAAGCUGCAGAGAAAGAAGACGGAGACUGUGAUAAAAAUAAAUUAAAAAAGAACAGCCUGUCGUAUGCUUAUGGUAGUAGCGACACCAUAACAGCUGCUAGCUCCGUAGAGAGUUUGGAGUAUAUCGCAGAUGUUUAUUAUGACAAAGUUAACAACGUGUGUCUUAAAAGUAUCAAGGAGUUAGAAGACUGCGACCAUCAUUCCGGCUUAUCCACUUCCACGUCAGCCUCUAGCGGAAUAGUUGUGAACAUUUUUAAGACUGAAUCAGUUCAGGAUUUAUUAGAUGAAUUUGACAAAGCUGUGGAUAUGUUUAGUGAGAAUUAUUUGAGUGAUAGUGAACCAUAUACAAAAACAGGGAUUGACGUAAGCGGUGAAAAUAAGAGACGUAGUCUGUCUUUCAAUACAUUGCCUUCACCUAAAAUCGUACAAAUGACAAAGGCUAACAAACCCAGUGAGGAUUUUAAGGAGGAAUUGGCUAGACUUUUGGAAGCAAAGCGGGCUAGUGUUAGCCCAAUUUCAGCAAGAAGAGGUUCAGUGACCGAUUGGUUUGUUCUAGAAGAAAAUCCAGUAGCUGUUCCUACUGUUCCCCAGCUGGGUGGACAGAAUGAGUAUCGACGCGCUCAGAAGAAACCAACGCAGAGGGUCAGACGAAUCAGUUCCACAAAAUACCCUUGGUUGAUAAACAAUUGA